CUUGUUAACAAAGUGAUAGAAAAGACUAAAAAACUAACUUAUUUGCAGCAAACAGUGAGUUAGUAUAGCCUUGUAAGAAUCCAACUGUUUGGAGAAUAAACAGGCUUUCCUUCUCAAGGCUAAAACCCUAAAAUCCAGCUUACUGCUGCCACUUCAGCUUUUGCGUGAAGAAGGGGAAAGUACACACACAUACUUUAGAAACUUGGGAGAACUCCAGGAUGCCCCAGCAAAACCUAAAGAUAUGAAGACAUUAAGGUCCCAGGAACAUACAGUCCUGUGUCUGUUGGCUUGGAGUUGCCUAGAAUUUACUUUGAGUGAAGCAACUGAAUCCUCAACAACCAUCCCUGCGGAGGAGACUGUCAUAAGGAAAUUCCUUAAAGAUGCUGCCAAUGGGAAUGCUUCACAGGUCAAUCUUUCAGCUCAGUGCACAUUUCUCCUUCCUCCAAGCUAUGGGUUCUACUACAUUGAAGCGGGCUCUGGAAGCUCCUUGGGCUCCAUUAUCACCUACUGGUGUGCAGAGGGAUAUCAGCUUGUGGGAUAUGGAAGGUUGACCUGCUUGCUUAAAGGAAGCGUCUCUUACUGGAGUCAUUCUCCGCCACAUUGUGAAGUGAUUCCAAAACCCCUAGACCGGGGUUUUCGGGUGGCGGUCAUAGCCUCUCUCAUCAGUGGAGUCGUAAUUGUUGCCAUGUCCAUCUCAUUUGCCAUUUGUUGCCUGCGAGACAAAAUCCUGAGGGGAAACACACAAAGGAGUGAAACCUGUGAGGAGCAACCGCCAAGGAGGAGAUUCAAGUUUGGGAGAGCCAACUCCAUAAAGCAGGAGAUGGAGAAAAACAGGCGUCAUUUUGGGAAAAUGAAGCAUAAUCGCAGGCUUCACUACCGGACUUCCGCCCUGUACAGUUGUGCACAUCCAGGGGCCUUGGCAGGAUACAAUAACCAGGAAUUUCACAGAAGCCAGGAAAAUCUGCAGAAAUGGGCUCCACAAAGCUUAUGCUCUGAAAUCCACAUCUUUCCGCAAGUUGUUUUGAAGCCAGCCACUGCUCCAUCUGCCUCUAUGUUUGUUCAUUUGCCUCAGAAACCAGGAGAUGUUCCCUUGAAUGUGAAGCCAUGCUACCCCAAUCUCCCCCAGGACUUACCUUCAGUUUAUUACAGAAGAUUUGAAGGACUCAGCCAUCUGAACAAGCACUGAGGGCCUUCAAUCUGAAAUUGUAGAUCACUUGGUUUGUUAAAAAGAAUAAUGUUUUCAGACAUUACCAUGAGUCAUCACUGUCAUGCUGAUUUUUUGAUCUUAAAUGUUGUGUGUAUAUGUGCAUUUAGUGUUUCUUCUGCAACAACUUGAAGCCAGCCUUGGAGGCCAGAAUGAAGAAGCAUUCAUUCCUUUCUAGAAUCUCCAACUAAUUAAUUGACAAGACAUGGCAAUCUACUCAGUGCUGGUGCAAAUAUAUUGCAGAAGCAUGUAGUAGUCUUCUAGACUUGACAACAUAUAUUUUCUGACAAGAAAUUUUGAGAAAUCACCUAGGGAAUUUUCUCAUAAUAGAAAAACAAAUGGUUUAAUGCAUACACGUGGAAUACUUCCUCAUUCUUCUGCACGCUGCCGGAAGGUUUUAUAGUGUCAUAAAUUAGUUAAAUUAGCCUCCCCGCAUAAAGUGGUAUCUAAAUUUUCUACUUGGCAGAUGCAACUGUCUUUUGGGCUGCUUAGGUCAACAGCAAGCCAGACUAUUAAUGGCCAGGAGCUUACUCCGACCCAGGAUGGCUUUGAACUCAUGAUCUCUCGGUCAGUAGUGAUUCAAUACAGGCAAUGCAGCAAACAAGAACUAAACUAAAGAACUAAACUAAAGAACUAAACUAAAGAACUAAAAGCACAAGAAGCACCUUGAUAGACCAGACCAAGAGUAUCUCUAGUCCAGCAUUCUGUUACAUAGUGACCAAGCAGAUGCCUAUGGGAAGGCCAUAGACAAGACAGAAAAGCCAUAGUACCUUCCUGCUCGAGUUCCCUCACAACUGAUGUACAGAACCAUACUGAGAAAGAGCUGGUGAUGGAUAGAGAUAACAUCUUAGUUUCCCUAAUCGUCUUUUUAAAUCAGUGGUUCCCAAUAUUUGGGCUUCCAGGUGUUUUGGAUUUUAACUCCCACAAAUCCCAGCCAUCUUACAAGCUGUUAGGAUUGUGGGAAUUGAAAUCCAAAAUACCUAGAAGCCCAAAGGUUGGGAACCACUGUUUUAAAUCAACCAAAUUGGUGGAUACUACUAUAUCCUGAAGCAGUAGAUUCCAUAGUUUAGCUAUGGUCAUGUGAAGGUGUACUUGUUCUCCGACUAUCUUCAUAGUGUACAACAACUUGAGAUCUGGAACUAGUCAUAGUUAACUGGCUCAUUGUUUUCUAAAAAUAUAUACUAGUUUCUUCAGGUGCUAGCUAACCACUGUCACAUAUUAUGUCACUUAAUUAUGCUAGACUACAAGCCUUGCCAGCCACUGGUGUUCAUACAAUAUUUUUCCAAGGAGUAUGGAGAGCAUCCCUACUCAUUUGUAUCAACUGUAUCAACUCAAAAUCACCAUCACCACAAGAGAGCGGUAGACUCUCUCAAACUAUGAUGGAGCACUUUUAUGUUCUACCUUUUUUCUCACUAAAACUAAGAGAAGUAGCUGGAGCUGUGUUAUAAGAACUGUAUGCACCAACUUAAUUCCUCUCUUGCAAUUCAAAUUCCAUCUUCGAAGAGAGUGGCGUGCUGUUUCAUAAACAAUAACCUGUUGAAACAGCAUGACUAAAACAAGGAGAUCCAAGAUGUACUCAGCGCAUCUAACACUAGCUCAAUGAAAACUAAUGUUGGUUGUUAAGGAAUAAAAAUUAGACUAAGAAAAA